GAUGUUAUCAUCCAACACCUCACUGGUGAGGAGAUGAGGGCUGAUUACGAUUCUGAAUUAUGCAAAUGCAAAGAUACCAUACAUCGUCACGUGUAGGCUAUUUCAAAGGAAUCAUAAGUAUAACUAUAUGUAAAUAAAUUCAUAUUUUUUUUAAAUAGAUGGCUUCUUGGUAUAAGUUUAGAAAUAAUGCACACAGAAUGAAAUAGAAUUGUGGAUUGCACAAUUCUGUUUUAUUCUGACCACAAGGAUAUUGCUGUGCACUGUUGCCUGAGGUCCAGUAUAUUGCCAUGACUAUUCAACACAAGUAAAGCAGUUGAUAAUGCUAAAACUCACACAGGAGGAUACAUAAGCAAACGUUCAUGUAAAAUACAUCAGUUACAUAUAGAGGAGGGGCUAUCAAGCUCAUUAUUGUAGACUCCUGGUAGUAGCCUACAGUGAUUUAAAUCAGCCAAAGCACUGACUUGGUUAGUGUCUUGCUGUCUGCUAAAAUGAUCAACUCAGGACAGCGCGACUGCUACUCAGAAUGGCAAUAUUGGUGCCCAGAAGCAUUUAAUAUAGGCUGGAAUAUGUGGAAAUCAAAUUCAAAUUCACUUUCGGAUUGCAUUAGAAUAGGUAUAUCUGGUGUUUAGUAUCACAGAUCAAAUUCAAUCUGAUUGCAAUAUGCCAGUGAACAUAAAGUGAAUAAAUAGGCUAUGAGUUAAAAGCUUAAUGUCUGGACUGCAAAAUAUGGUAAAACUGCAUGCAUAAUGUUUUCAGGAGAGUUCCCGAAUGUUGCUCUCUAAAUGCAGAAUAGGCUCUACCCUAGUGCGUAAAACCUGCAAGAAAAUACUUCAGUCGGUGUGCAUUAAUCCUGCACAAAAAGUCAUCUGAGGUAAAAGCACCCCUGCCUGUCCUGCACUGAAACAGAAAAUCCAAAAUGUGGUGCCCAUGCUUAGCGAGUGUAAUUUAAAGCAAUAAGAUCAGCAUAUAAUAAAAACUCAGCGCUCAGCCCAAACCUGUACUCCGUCCCUUUAAAACUGAGUGUACACGGGAAGGGAGGGGGAUGGGUCAUUGAGUUCAUUCUGCGCCUUCAUAGAAGCAGCGCCCUCUAAAGAGACCCUGGAUUGGAUGAAUUUUCUCUGGCUUCUUUCAUCGAGCUUGCAUGGAUAACUGUCAGAUAAUUGGAAAGGGAGAAAUAACUAGCUAACUAAGUAUGGUGGAAAAUCGGUGUGACUUCCAACGCAGCGCUUGACCUUUAUUCGGACAGAGUGGCUCGAUCAGCUGAUGUCUCUAGCCGGGUAGCUGCCAUUUUCAGGUCAAUCGAGGUAUCUUUCAAACUUGUCGCGAGCUUAAGAUGGCAAGCUGAAUAAUUAAAUGUACACUCUAUCGACAGCCCGAUAGAAUGGAAAUGGAGAGGAAUACGGCGUGUCUUCUACUCGGCGGUGGUAUAAUUUGAGUUAUAAUGGCUGAUACUAGAGGGAUGGAAAGAGGUAGACUAAGGAUUACAUCAGAUUCCUCUCCUAGAGGCGCGUAUCCACAGCAGUACAUUCACCCUGGCACUCAGCAGGGCAUAGACAUUCAAGAGCUUGCCUCCAAGCGAGUCGACAUUCAGAAGAAACGUUUCUAUUUGGACGUAAAACAGAGUGCGAGGGGGCGAUUCCUCAAAAUUGCCGAGGUUUGGAUUGGGAGAGGCAGACAUGAUAACAUCCGAAAGAGCAAGCUGACGCUCUCUAUGUCAAUGGCACCCGACCUGAGGUAUAGCCUUGGAGACUUCAUAGAUUAUUAUGCUCACAUUGGGCUGCGCGGUGGCCAGGUGCCACGACCAGAGGAGCAAAGCAAUGGCCAAGGCCGUCCGCAUGAGCCUCGUAGAAGACAGCAGGAUCACGUACCACCAGUCUCUCCCACCGGUUCAGCAGCAUCGGAAGAGCAUACCCACCGGGUUCUGAAAAGUGAAUUAAUUGAGAGGGACAACCGCAAAUACUAUCUAGACUUGAAGGAGAAUCAACGGGGCAGGUUCCUGCGCAUCAGGCAGAUUGUCAGCAGAGGACAUGGUACCAUGGGAUACUAUGGCCAGGGAAUAGAGCAGACCAUAGUGUUACCAGCACAAGGGCUUAUCGAAUUCAGAGAUGCACUCUCACAACUGAUAGAAGACUACGGCGACGAAGACACUGAUGAACGUAGUAGAGUUGCCCGGAACCACGACGAAUCUCCCGAGCUUCCGGAGGCAGCAUCAUUUCGAGUUGACAAUAAGCGCUUCUAUUUCGACGUUGGUUCCAACAGGUACGGUGUAUUUUUAAAGAUAAGUGAGGUACGACAGCCAUACCGUAACACCAUCACUGUUCCUCUCAAAGCCUGGGCUAGAUUUGGAGAAAACUUCAUUAGGUACGAGGAAGAAAUGCGGCGGAUUUUCUCGUGUCACAAAGAGAAGAGGACAGAGGCGCGCGCAGAUAGUGAAGAACAAGAGGAUUGAUGAAAGCGCACGAUGAUUUGAUUGAGGCACCUGAAAAAAGCGGAACAUGACAAUAACCUCUAGUUUAUACAAUAUCUCUUUUCAGAUAAUUUACCUCUUAAUCUGUACUGUACAAAACUGUACUUAGUUGUCCUAAUUUCGUCGAUCUCUAGGUCAGUUAAAGUCUGUCAGAAUGUGCAGGCCCAAGGCAACCUCACUGACGUAAGGAACCAAUAGGGACUCAAACAGUAGAUAUUUGCUGUUGUAGAUAUUCCCACAAAAAAUUCUGUCCCCAGUUAAACUGCUAUUGAUGCGCCACCUGAUGAUUAUGAGAUAGGCUAACACGCGUGUCAAUUAUCAGGCAUGGUCGUAUAACCGUCAAUAAUAGCAAUGCCCUGAGCGCACAGGUUGCUAGUUAGUUAUUAAAUUGGGAAUGAUUUGCCCACACUAAUAGCCGACGCCAUACCAAUUCACAGUUGUCUAUAGGCUUCAAGCAGUCAUUUAUUGUGAGAUAGUGAGUAAUAUAUGAUGCAAGCAGAUAGUGAUUAAUGAUGUAAGCAGAUGUCAAUCAAGAGAAAUGUUGAUCAAUGGUGAAAGUCUAUAUGCCUUUGUUUCUCUGCUGCUAUUAAAAUAAUGCCCAGACCAAGCUAGUUCACAGGGGUUAGUAACAGACACUCUAUAACAGGUUAACAUUACUGAUGAACAGUCUGUCCUUAGCCUUAACAAUCUGCUUGUGGCUUGGUGUAUCUUAAAUGACUAAGCAUCGCAAAGCCUUUUAAACAAUUUGGAUACUUGAAAGAAAUGUAAUUUUGCCCCUAAACCUAUGUCAAAUUCAUGGCAUUAUAGUUCACUUUGGCAAUUGUAAGUAAAUUUGCAGUACAGUUUUUUUAUAUAUAGAAUUUAACCAUAGCUUGUGAAAUCAUGUGCAAUGUUUGAGCUGAGCAUUUUUGCCCAUGCUCUCAGUUUAGCUAAAAAGCCAAUGGAAAAAAAAACUUUCUCAUAAGAUUUUACAUUUCUUUUGCGAAUCACAUAUAAAAAUUAUGAUCUUACAUGUGCAGCUUCAUUCAAGCAGCGGGUUUUAAAAAAGAAAAUGAUGCAAAACUGGAACAAUGAAGAUUUUUUUGCUGUGCAUACAUAGUUGUAGUUGCAUUACCUAAUUCCUACUUUAUCUGAAGCUGUUGAUUUUUAUACUGUUAUAGGCUAAUUUCAAACAGCCACCAUUACCCUCAGCAACACCACAGCAAAACAAGGCCUUCCAAGUAAUAAGUCAAUGGGCAUCAUUCAGAUGCUAGGCUAGGUUUUACACUGCUUAAACAAAUCCUGGGGGGCAUUAUACAAUAACUAAAAGAGUAUUAUUGAGUGCUUUUUCGCAAGGUUUGGCUAUGACAGUAAUUCUGUUAAUACACAAUGAUGACAAUUUUCAUUGGAUAAAUCAUAGGCCUAUAUCACAAAAACACAGUGAAUGCAAGGCCCCUAUUAUAGAGUUUGAUCUAUUUUAACAGAAUGCCCAGUUGGUAGCUAGGCUAUUAACACAUUCUGGGAAAUUUAGUGUAUGUUUGAAUGAAUGGCAGAGACAGUUGGAACAGGUGGAUAACAACAAGAGACAGCUAAAUCAUACAUACAUAAACACACAGAGCUGUAUUGUAACAAUGAGCCUUGCGCCAAAACUAAUUUCGAUCUGUGAUUGUGAUUCAGCAAACAUUAUGAUUCCCAUCACUAUUCACAGUCAGUUUUUCUUCCUCAUUUUUUCCCCCUCAAAUUGGGAAAAUAAUUUUAAAGAUCACUAAAGAAAUAUUUUACAUGUAUAAAGGUAUUUCUGGUUUGUUUAAUCUGUGAAUACACAUAAAUGUACAUUUUAUCAUGACGGUGAUAUUUAUGGGUGGUAGUACACAUAAACACUCAGCCUGAUUUAUAUAUAGAUUCUAUUAAGGGCUUCAGUGCACUCAGUAGUUUUGUAAAAGGGCAUUACAUUCUACCUGAUUCCUCUGGUCUACAGAGUGAAGCAAUUUUAGUCCACAUUUUUUUGUAGCAUUGAUUACAUCUGCUAUGAAAAAAACAGAUAAAUUAAGUGCUCUGGAGAGAAAUGUGCAUUGACCUCAGCUCUUGUCAUCAUCUUUACAAGUAUAUAUAUACUGUAACUUUUUCAUGCUGUUGUCAAUGUUAAGUCUAAGUUGGUUUCCAAUUUUUGAAAAUGUGAUUCUGUAAAGAGUGACCUUCCUGUGUUGUAGCUCUAUGUCUGUCCACAUGGAUUGCUAACAGAAAAUAAGUAUAAGGAGCCACAUGUUGUUUUACGUACUUUGAAUUUGGCCGUGGCAGCCUCUGGUAGGGGUAGUAUUUGAAAUUCACAUCAGUUUUAACCAUCAACUCAAACACCAUGUGGAAAACAGUUGCAUGAGAAGCACAAGAUAAACUUGUGAGGUCACUGAGAAAGCACCUGGCAGAUUCUUAUUCAUUUGAAAGGAGUUUUGUAAAAAGAAAAAAAGAGAAGUAAUGACAAAUAUGCCUAUAGAAAAUACUUUUUAAAGCACAAAUAUUCCCCCAAUAUCAGAAAAAUUAUUAUUUACUUUUCUUUAUUCAUUUCUAUACUAACAGGUUUGUGUAAAUGGUGUGGUGCAUACACUGAUAACAUGUCACUGUCUGUCUGAAAAAUAAUCACUUUGUGCUUCUAUUAUCAAAAGAGGUUGACUACUGUCAACGACAUUCAACAAUAUUUGAUAUUUUAUGACACAUUCCUCCUAAUUGUUGAAAUCAAUCCAUAUAAAUUUGUUAUUCUGUCUUCAUUUACAGAAUGUGUGUAUGCACACAGGCCAUGUCCACACCAGUUAAUUUAAAAGUCUGCACCUGAAUAUGCUAUAAAUAUAAUUCCAAGAGGUUGAACAGCACUUCCAAGAGGAAGCACUUUAAGAGCACUUUCUUUCCAUCUUUGCUGACUUUACUUUGUAUAGGGUGCCAACAGAAGCCUGUUAACAGACAAUCCUUUUCUUUGUUGGCCAGGCCACAUAUGUUUAAUUUCAACACAGAACACCCAUAUUGCCAAGUAAAAUCACGUAUAGCAGCACCUCAUGUUAAGUUGACUCACGUCUUGGUGCUAUUGAGUGUCGUUCAGUCUCUUUAACAGAGAGUGGCAGCACGAGAUAAGAGGAAAUUACCAACAGAGUUCCCUAUACAAAAAACCACCAACAACAAAAAAAUGACGCCUGUACAUCUAAAAUGGAGGUCCGUCUAUAAAACUGGACCACACAGUGCAAUCUUUACUAUGGCUGUGCAUACUUACUUAUUUUUGUAAUAAGGGCUGCUCCAGUAGCUAUGCCUUCUUCAUAGAGCAGAUUGCUACCCCUGGGUUACACAAAUGACAUGAGUGUUGAAGCUCUGUGAAGCUAUGGAAAAAGAAUCUCUAUAUAUAUUCUUAUUUAGUCAUAAAAAAUGAAUGAUAGAUUUGUUGUUUAGGUUUAGAUAGUAGGCUAAAUCAGGGCAUUGAACAGAAAAACAUGUAAAAGUAUAGUACAGCCUCACAGUGAUUGCUGUGGCAGGCAUCAAAACUUAAAAGAAGAGACAUAUAGGUUUUAAAUAAAGCAGUACAUUUACCUGAACCGACAAAGGCUAUCAAAGAUGUGUCUUAAGUUAUCUUUGCACGAGUCAAUAUGGGUAGACAAUAUCAGCUUAACAAACAAGCAAGCACUUUAAAAUGUGUGCACUCACGGUGCCCUCUCCUCAAGAACAACAAAAAGAAAAAAGACAUGUAUUAAGAUAUAUUUAUAAUACAAUUUCAUUUGAUUUUAUGUUCUCAGUAUGUGUAUGUGCUGAUUUUAAAAACUCUGUUUUAUGUCAACAAAGUGGAACUGCCUUUAUUAUAUCAUGGACGUAUUAAAGGAGAAUUCCGGUGUGAUAUUGACCUAAAGUGUGUUGAAACAUGAUACCGAGUGUGAACGUAUGUCU